CUUUGACGGUGCCCAGCGCAAACAUGAACGUCGAGCACUUCUUGGCGCAUCGGGACCACACGCCUCAGAGUUUCCAUGACCGCCCCGAAGUGGACAACCGGCGGUGCAAACGAGCGCGACCUGAAACCUCGCUGUCGGUGUGGACCCAGGUGAUCUUGUCGUCCGACAUGAUGGCUAUGAUCGCGUCGUAUCAAAAUGGAAUUGCCCAAGACAUGCUGCCCUUCCUCGUGUUUGAUCCGAGGCGUCUUCGACGGCGUGGUGCGGACAUGAAAGCUUUGCUGACCAUGGACCACGUGCAUGAGAUGCUGACCUGUUGGCUCCAAGCUCACGACGUGAGCCGCCUCCGCCGCCUGUUUGACCGGCUGGGGUACAUGCGCUUCUUGGUUGCGAUGGACGCCGUGUACUACAGCAACAUUUCCCUACUCGAUAGAUUGCAUACGUUGUUCAACUUAGCGACGCUUCGUGGCAACUUUCUCGACGUUGCUGCUCAUACCAAUAAUUUGGCCGUACUCCAGUUCCUUCACGAACGCGGCCACGUCGGAUGCACCACAGCUGCCAUGGAUGCGGCGGCGAAGCACGGGAAUCUUGAAAUGGUCGAAUACCUGCACAAACGUCGUGGCGAAGGCUGUACGAACCACGGGUUGGCGUUGGCGACGAUCCACUGCCACACGGCGGUGGCGCGGUAUCUACAAGACCACGGGCUCGCGAAAUACAGCAAAAACUGGCUUGCGACGGCAUUGAUUCGAAUGCGGUCGCGUGCGCCCGAAGAAUGAAAUGACUUCAACACCAAAGACACCUCGACGUUAUACCAAUAAUGAUCCGCAAUACAAAGGAAUUCGUCGUAAAAUGAACGUGCAGGAAGGGCGGAGAACAAGGGAUCCUAGUCCGC